GUUUGUUUGAUCUUAUUUUCUUAUUCUACUCUCUCUCACUCUCUCUCUCACUCUCUCUCACUCUUGCACUCUUGCACUCUUAUCAUUGCGAUUCUGCAGACCUUCUCUCUCUCUCCCCCCCCCCGCCAACCCUUCCAAAUGCUGAUCGCAGUGGUGCAGCGUUGCAGCUGUCGCGUCGCCGGUGCUCGUCCGAGUCUGCUGUCGCUCGCUUCGUCGCCCGUCUGCAUCUCAAGCUCCUCUGCAAGCGCAGUAGUACCAACAGGACCAGUGCAUGGAGCAGCUGCGAUCGCUGGACGGUCCCACUGUCGGAGCCUGUCAUCGGCAGCCACCUGCGCCAUGCAGUCACCUCCACCUGCUGCUGCAAAUCCAUCAAUGCAGCAUGCGAAUGCUGCCGGUGCAGACACGCCUGCCGCAUUCAGGGCGGCAAUGCGCUCGGUCGCAUCGCCAGUCGUCGUCCUCACAGCCGGCAACAGGCGAGCUAAAACCCCAAUCUACCGCGGACUGACGUGCGGAUCGCUCACGAGCGUCUCGUUGCAACCUCCGAUCGUUGCGUUCAGCAUUCGGCGCGGAUCAUCCAUGAGCGAAAUGAUAUCUCGAACAGGUCGCUGUGUUGUCAACGUACUGUCGGCGACACAGACACCUCUGGCAGCCUUAUUUGCUUAUAAUGUGGACGACGUGGAGACGGCGCAAAACCUGUGGAAGCGGGUCAAACACUCAACAACCGAAUUUGGCACCCCAAUGCUGGAUGGAUGUCUUGCGACCAUCGAAUGCGCCGUGCAUGCUACCAUCGACGUCGGAGAUCAUUCUCUCUGGAUGAUGCGCGUGGUCGAGUCCUACUCUGGUGCACCAGAGAAGACCGCGGCAGCAGCUGCAGCCGAGGAAGACUUGCUCGCUGCUCGGGGCCUCGUUUACGUCGAUCGUCAAUUUAGCAUCCCGGCCAGUGAUAAUGUCGCAUGCACACUCAUUUCGCGUGCCAUCAAUCACCAAUGGACACUCGCACACCACACGCAGCGAUUGCGCCAACUCUGGGAGCAAGGGCGGCAAAAAGAUGUGCUCCUGGGUUCCGCGUCCCCAAGUGUGUGCCCACACGCAACCUUGGAGGCUGCUUACGCUGUGCUCUUCCGCGAAUCCUUUGAAAGAUCACGGUUGCACGCAUCGGCCGAAAUCCCAGCUCUUCCACUGGAAGACGCCGAAGAAGUUGAUUCCCAGGGCGCCUCGACCGCACAACCAGCCUUGGACAGCUCCGUAGACGGCCACUCUGCUGCGUUAGAAAGCUUCGACAGCUUCCUGGCACUCCAUGCUCAUCUUACCGACCCCAGCUUUGUGUUUCGCUUCUACAGCUACGAGUGCUUGGCCCAGCCUGACGCCAAAACAACCAUUGUCGCUCCCGACUUGCGCCCAUUUCCCAGCGUGUCAAACAGCUAGGGAGAUGAGAUUAUGCCAGGCAGAAUCGUAGCAAUAAAUCAUCGGCGCGG